GCACUCUACAUCACACCAUGGACAUUACAACCCUUUGAAGGCUUUGGCUACGACCGUAAUGCGUUCACUGUGGGCCCAGAUACCUUGUCUCAUUCUCAUUCUCAAGCUCGCCUCACUCCCAAUCGUGACCGCAUCUAUCUUUUCCGAUCCAGUGCUUUCGUAUUGCAAAUGCAUAUGCUUCUCAAACUCGACCAUCAUUCCUCUCUGGCAUCCGUCAGACCCAUCGAAACCAUGUCUAUCAUGUACAAAGCAGUUUUGCAUCGACCAAAAGCUACCAAUAUGUAGGGACGCUGAGGUGCCGGAGCUCGACACAGAUGUCGGGACCGGUUUAGAGGGUGAUGUGGAAGCUAGAUGUUUCAAACGUGAUUCGCCUAGAGAUCAACUUAUAGUCACAUUCUUCUUGUUGACCGUCAUCGGUCUAUUGCUGUACGCUAGUAUACGCGCCAGAUUACAAAAGGCCAUUGAGAACCGCGGUCGACCAACAGAUUUGAGGGAAUGGUCAGAGGCUUUACUACCCGAGCCAUUGCAUCCAUUCUCUGCGAGUUUGUUAUCCCGAGUGCCCGGUCGAGGACGUGGCGGUGCACGUACUGGCGGUGUCCUUGGAAGAGGGGAUAUGCAGGAAGCGAGGGGAAGUAGAGGUUACGCCCCGGUCAGCGUUGGCAGCUGAAGGGAUAGUGCAUAGACUCGACGUAUCAUCAUUGUAUCAUAAACUUUCAAUCUGGCGUGGUGGACAUGGAUGCUACUAGAUUGGAGCCCGA